UUGCGGGGCGGGACUUCCUGUUUAGUUGCGGUUGGAUGGCAAGGAUCUACCGGGUUGACACGUAAACUCAAGUUAAAGGUGCCAUGCAGGCCUCUUUGGCGAUUUCGGACCUAACUUUUUUCGCACAACUUUUUUAGGGUGCAUUGGAUAAAAAAAACCUCUGCAACGAAAAGGUUAGAAGUGAGUUUCGUGUUUCGCUACAGUGAGCAAACCCCGAAUCAUCUGGUGAAAAUCUGCGCGGUCACUUUGAACUUAAGCAUAAAAAGCCUGCUGCGAGGUGUCCCGUGCGAAACUAAUGUUUACGUCAACUCGCCUGGCAUGUUUGGAAAUGUUUCUGAAGUAAAGGAGUGAGGGGUGAGGCUGCGCAUCGACUCGGAAAGUUCCCAGCAGCAGAAACGGAGGUUACUCGCUCAGGCGGCGGGCACGGGUGCAACAUGGGAAACGGGGUGUGCUCGCGGAGGCAACGGAGGAUUUUCCAGGUUCUCCUGCUAGUCACGGUGGUCUGCGGAAUGAUGUACGGCGGCAUGGUGUCCUACGAGAUGCACAAGGAGCUGAAGAGGACACAAGCCACGGCACUGAAGUACCAGCAGCACCAAGAGUCUCUGUCGGCUCAGCUCCAAGUGGUGUACGAGCAUCGCUCACGACUGGAGAAGUCUCUUCAGAAGGAGAGGUUAGAGCACAAAAAGGCCAAAGAAGAUUACCUGGUGUACAAACUGGAAUCGCAGCAGUCACUGAAUAAGGAGAAGCAAGACUCCACCAGCAAACUCAGCUCGCUGCAAGUGCAACAUCAGAUGCUCAAGAACCAGCACGAGGACUUGAAGAAGCAGUACAAUGACCUGCAAGAGCAGCAUCACAUCCAGGGAAAUGAUCACAAUCGCCUGCUGGAAGAGCACAAAGAGCGCUACGACAAAAUGCAGCAAGUCAAAGAACGGGAGGUGGCCCAGCUGAAAGACAAUGUUUUUAACCUCAGAGAGGAAAAUAAGCAGCUGAGGAAAGCCCACCAUGACAUUCACAUGCAACUGCAGGAUGCUCAGGUGAGGCAUCAAGACCUAAAGACGGCGCACGAUCAGAUGGCGCUGUCACUCGAAGACCACAAGAAUGCGCUCGCGGCAGCUCAGGUACAAGUCAAUGAAUACAAAGAGCUGAAGGAGACCCUGAACAAGGCACCGAACUUGAGACAGCCCGAGCAAAACUCUGUGCUGCAGCAACCAGAUCUCAAAUCCCAGACGACCUUUGUCCCGGGGCAGCCAAAUGAGGUGCCUGUAGUGAAAUGGGACGACCGUGAUACUGCGUCCAGGCUGGACCAGCAAGAGAAGGAGACCCAUUCUCAGUCGGAGGUCCAGUCUCACCCCGCCAUGUCGGAGCACACGUUGUCAGAGAAAGAGGAGGACGGAGACGCAGAGAGGAAGAGGGAGCUGGCUGAGGAGGAGAUGGCCCAAGCGGGACAGCCUCAAAAGCUGGAGGAGGAUGACCCCGAUCAACAACAGGAGGAGGAAAAAGAGGAAGUGGAAGGCCAGCAAGAACCGGAGCAGCCGGAUCAGAAUGCCUUGGACGGCCGGAUACACCAGCCACAUCCGGGGCAAGAGGCGAACGGUGAGUUGGAGGGCGCCAAAUCCGCUUACGAGCAGCAGCAGGAGCAGCAGCGCCUGGAGGCUCAAAAGGCGGAAACGCGGCGGUUGAUCCAAAUGCGACAGGACUCCCUGCAGAGCCAGAGAGAAAGGGCGCUGAGGGAGAGGGAGGCCAAGCUGAAGGAGGAGCAGGAGAGGGAAGAGCGGCAGCAUCAGGAAACAGACCGACGGGAGAAGCUGCUCAGAGAGGCCCACCAAAGGAUGAAGGCCAAAUAUGAAAACAUGGAGCAUAAUCUUGACCAUCUGGAAGAACCGCAUCACCCUGACAGCAAAGAAGAGAAACAUUCUCUCUUAUUCAACGAUGACAUGAAGGUGCCAAAACAUCAGCAGGGUGCCAUCGGCGGCGGUGAGCUGGACCCUGAGGAGGAUCCCAACAACCAAGGAGAGGAUGAGUUUGAAGAAGCAGAGGAAGACCAGUCGCAUCACCGUGUUCCGGAGGAUGAGGUGGCGGAGGAGGAAGCGGAGGAGGAGGAGCCGGCAGCACGUGCCCAGCACGUAGACUCGCACCACGGCCCCGAACACCCCGCUAUGGAGGACGAGCUGGUGAUUGCUGGAAAUCCUGAUCAGCAGGAAGACGAUAUCGACGAUCAGUACCAGGAGGACGCUGAGGAGGAGGCACAGGAGAACAUUGCCGGUGGGGAGAAGAAGGAGGCGGGCGACCAAGUGGAGGAGGAUGGAGAGGAGACGUACAAUGAGGAGAAUAUAGAACAGGGACCACGCAAGGAGGAAGCUCACAGAAAAGACACUGAGGAGGAGAAUUACGAGGAAGAAGAAGGCGAGGAAGCGGGGCCCGGUCGAGAGAAGGGAAACGUUGGACGGGCGGAGAUGUAAAUCCGCUAUAAACACUGUGAGGUUCUUCUUCCUUAUUCCCGAAAAAGAAGCGAGUAGCCAUCCAGUCCAGACUUCAGGAAGGACCGUUGAGAUAGAAAGUCUGGAGGCAAUCAUGGUGAAAGCUUGCGAUGGAACGGAUCCGCUUUCACUGUGCAAUUGGACAAAAAGAAAAAUGGGUGGAGAUGGUUUUAUAUUCUAUGCUGUACGAUGAUGUUAUUGUAAUACAUCCGCGCGUUCUCCGAUUUCAAUGCACACAUGCAAAGAAUGUACUUUCAUCAAGAUGGCUG